AAAAAGUGACCUAUCAUCCAAAUAAAAGGAGGAAUCCUCAGUUGUAAGUUUGGUUGAGAAUUAUUUGUGAACCUUUCCCGAAAUAACAGUAUUUAUGCCUCUGUUUCUGGUUGAAUAUUACGUCCUCAAUAUGUUUAUCGCUGCAUUUCUUUGCACCACCCACCGUCAUGGUUUGUGAAGCUUAGCUUUGUUGUUAGCUUGUGAGCGGUUGAUGACCAAUUUUUGCAUGGGUGGUCUUGUUGUAGAGACCCACUUGAUUCUGCGCGGUUGACGAAUCAUUUACAUGAAUAUUACCUCCUGAAAGUAAACCAUUGUUCAUUUACUAGCACUUUAAAGACCACCAACAACAUUCAUGCCUUCUCAUUUAGAGAUAUGUUGUUGUGUUGUUGUUGACAUGUGUCCCUUUUACUUGUGUUUUACUGGAAAAGCUGGGAACUGAGUGACCAUGGACCCACUGUCCAGCCACAGCUCCUACCUCCUGCAGCAGCUCCAGGAGCAAAGGAUCCAGGGGCUGCUGUGUGACUGCAUGCUGGUGGUCAAAGGUGUCUGCUUCAAAGCUCACAAAAAUGUCCUGGCUGCUUUCAGCUCCUACUUCAGGUGCCUCCAUGUUUUACAUGUUUUUAAUCAAUGGCAUAAUAGCAUCCCCAUCACCAGCUUCAUAUUCCAACUUGGCUGAUUUAGAAAGACUCCAUGUGAAACACUCUUCUGUGAUCUUUCUAGGUCUUUAUUCCAAAACUCACCCAGUCAGAAGAACGAGGUGUUCAACUUGGUUAUCCAGGAUGUAGGAGGCAUUGGGCAAAUACUGGACUACAUGUACACCUCCCAUCUUGACAUCAACCAAGAUAACGUUCAAGCACUACUUGACAUCGCCCAGUGUUUGCAGGUUCCAAAUGUGCAGAACAUGUGUAAUGCUUUCCUCAAGCCUUGUCCUCCUCCAGUGGAAAUAUCCUCAUUUUCUUUACCAGGCAUGCUGGGCUCUGAGCAUGACUGCCUCCUGGGGAGCAGUCUUCCUCACGAUGUUGAUCUCCACUGUCCCUCUGAUACCCAGAGGGCUGGUUUUGGCAGUGACAUGGACCACACCAAAAGGAUGCCUGUUCCUGUGUCGAACAGCAGCCCAAACUGUGACACACCCAGCAACACUCAGGCACCUGUGGAAAAACAGCUUGUCCAUGGAUAUAAGCUUCGUAACUUCUACAGUAAGCAGUACUUCAAACAAAGUGCCAUGCAAACUAAUAUGGCUGCCUCACAUCAAGGUCCAGGCCCUUUGGUGCAAGUAGAGGAGCAGCAGUGUCAGCCUAGUGUUAGCCACACUCCCAUAUGCUCAGGAAACUCCAUCCAACCCAAUCCUCCCUGCACAGCUGUAACUGUUGAGAAGACCCCGACCUCCUCUCUGACACCCUCAGAUAAUUUAAACAGCCCCAGCUCCAACUCUGCAGACUCCCUGCUCAACAAGCCGGUGCGUCCAAAGAAGGCUGUUUACCUGAAGAAAUACAACUACCUCCGUUCCCAGAAGGCUCUGGAAGAGAUGUUUGCAGAAUCAGUCAGUGAACCGGUCCUCAGCUGCCCCAAGGAGAGUCAACAAGAAGAAUCUGAGGUACAGGCUGAAACUCCACAAGCUCCUGUAGAGGAUCAUAAUGAAGCCCGAGAGGAGGUUACAGAGACAGCCACAGAUGCACAACUUCCUACUACUCCACCUGUGAACCAGGAGGAACAAAAUAUGGAGACUGUGCUGGACCCACCCCAGCAGACAGGACACAAGCAGUACUGUUGUGAGGUUUGUGGGAAGAUAUUCAAACAUCCAAGCAACCUGGAGCUUCACAAGCGCUCUCAUACAGGUAAUUGUUCAUAGCUUCAUAAUUUUGCAUGUAAUUGUUGGAACUUUUAACUCUAUUUUUAGAUGCAAACCUUUGUUGUUGUUGUUGUUGUUGUUGUAGGUGAGAAGCCCUUUCAGUGUAAUGUUUGUGGGAGAAACUUUUCACAGGUAUCAUUUAAUUUAUUUUUCUGUUUUGCUAUAGUUUGUCAAAGAUGAUUACACAAUUUGAAUGUAGAAAUCAAAAUCACACAUCUGUUUUUUUAUAGGCUGGAAACUUACAGACACAUUUGAGGCGGCACUCUGGAGAGAAACCAUACAUCUGUGAGUUAUGUGGCAAAAGGUAAGGUACCAUCCAUAUGUCAGUCUUUCAUUAGUAUACCUUUUUAUGUGCAAAGCAGAGCCAGCCCAAGCCUCAAUGGGGCCCUAAGCAAAAUUUGAUUUUGGGGCCCUCUAUUUCUGCCAAUAAUAUUGAUUGUUGAUCAUUCACACACCUACUACAGUAUAAAUUUAAUGUGCCUGACAUGUCUUUACAUUUAAAGGGGUGGCCUAGGUAAGAACACAAAUAAUACCAAUGCAACUAUACAAAUAAUACCAAUGAAUGACUCAAAAUGUAACACAUUCAGGAUGCUCAGUGUACAUUGCACAGCAGGAGGCACAUAACGGUAGCAGAGCUUUGACAUAUCAACAGUAAGAAUCAUAGGCCUACAUCAGCAGCAGCACUAAAAUGUUUUUACUUUAUUUUAUUUUUACAAUAAUAAUAAUAGUAAUAAUAAUAAUGAUAAUAAUAAUAAUAAUAAUAAUAAUAAUAAUAAUAAUAAUAAUAAUAAUAUAUUUGAUAGUUGCAAAAAAUAAGAAACAUUAAUUUAUUUUUUUUUUUAAUUGCUCUUGGGGGCCCCCUACUCGCUGUGGGGCCCUAAGCAGGCGCUUAGUUUGCUUAUGCCUUGGGUCGGCUCUGGUGCCAAGUGAGACAGCAACCUUCUUUUUCGUUAUUGUCACAUGAUGUUUUCUCUUAAUCAAACAGCCCCACCAGUCCCUGGAAGUUCCCAUGAAUUAAAUUUAAUGUAUGUUUUUCAGUUUUACAGCAUCAGGGGAUGUCCAUCGUCACAAAGUGGUCCACACAGGAGAAAAGCCACAUCUGUGUGAUAUAUGUGGUCGAGGUAAAUAACUCCCCUGACACAGCAAUUGUGUUAGAUGCUCCAGAUUUAUUCAAAUUAAAUUCUCGUUAAGUGGUCUUAUUUUGAAGCCAGAUUUUUACUGAUAGUAACAGGAGUGUGAGUUCAGUCCACAGACCUAGAAGGAAAAUCAGAGCAUUUUUGUCUAUAGUAAGUCCAUUUUCAAUCACCUCUCUGUUUGUUAGGUUUUAACAACUUGAGUAAUCUCAAAGAGCACAAGAGGACUCAUGCCACAGACAAGACGUUCACAUGUGACCAGUGUGGAAAAUCCUUCAACACACACCGAAAGCUUCUGAAGCACAAAGCCCGCCAUGCUGGGGAAAAACCACACAGCUGUGCCACCUGCGGUAAGGGAAACUCUGAGUCAGAAGUAGUCGUAGUGUUGUUGUAGUAAUAUAUUUGAAUAUUAGCAUUGAUUACAAUGUAUUUGCAGAUGUUGAAGCCUUUUUUUAGGGUUGGCAUCACUGGUCAGGUAUUUUCCUUAGGCUUUACAUGCAGAAACUGUAUAAAAAGUGUGGACUGUAAGGUUACUCUCCACUUUGGUGUUGCUUUUAGAAAUAGAAUAGCUCUGUUGCAAGGCCAAAAAGAAUUUAACUUUUUCAAGAAACUCACCCCUGCGAAGUUUCUUUGGCACCUCUGAGUGUUAAAGCACCAUUUUGCCUGCUAAAAUGAGCAUAAAAACUUGGGGUGCACCCAUCACAAUAUUCUGAUCGAUCACCGAUCUUUAAAAAAGCUUGACCUGCCGAAACCAAUUUUAUUUUUAUACCGAUUUUAUUUUUAUAACCGGUUUUAUACCGGUACCGAUACCGAUUUUAUUUUUAUAACUGACAACACACACCUUUGAUGCUCCAAUCUUAUUUUAAUGAAAAACAUUGAACAAUACUUGGAAAAACAAUACAAACUUUUUUGUGCUUGUUUUAACUGCGCAUGAGGUAGUUCUCUCAAAUACAAAUGAAAAGUUUAGAAUAUUGCUGUCCAAACUACUAAAUUGUAUCAGUUCCUUUAGUCUUUUAUUUUCCACAUUUUAAAAAUUAACAAUACUUGCACAACAGGUCACACUGCAGACCUUUUUUGAGCCUCUUUCCAAAAUAAAGUGCACAACAGUAUUUUGCUUUUAUAAAUAAAGGAAUUUACAAGGUUUGAGGAAGUUAGUAAAAUAAUCAUCUAUCGGUGCAUGUUUAACAAAAACACAAGUGGAUAAUAUGAAUACAAAUUUUUCAGGCUCUGCUUUCAAAUAAAACUCCAUCUUAUUACAUGCUGCUGUUGCCAUUACAAAGGGAGGUACUUUGCAUACAAUAUGCAUAUUUCACCCUUUACAUGUGUACAUUAUUCUAUAGUUCUGUGACACAUUUGUAGAUGCUGUGUUUUGUAUCUUUUUCCCUCAUGUAAUACAAUAGAGAAAUAAUGACACUAGAAUGUACUCAGAGUUUUAUGUAGACCGUAGUCAAUUUCUCAUAUUUUAAUUCUACUUUAAUGUACGCAGGAAAGUGCUUCAUUGGUUCAGGGGACCUGCAGCGUCACAUCCGUUCACACACAGGUGAGAAACCAUACGUCUGUAGCGCCUGUGGAAAGAGCUUCACCCGCUCUGCCAUGUUGAGGAGACACAGCACCUCUCACUGUAAAGGAGCCCCAACUGACAGCCCGGACACCAACAACCCUGACCCACCUCAAAGCUCCAAUGGAGCAACACCAGUCCCUGCCAGCCAAAGUAAACCUCCUGCGACAACUGGCGAGGAGCAUUUCCCCAGCCUGACGCCCCAUUCAGGGUUACAGAAACCCUCAGUAAGCACUCCAUCACCAUUACAGCCAGCGCCACAUAUGGAGACUCCGUCCCCCAGCAUGCACAUCAGCCCAUCUUCUACCCCUACACCGCUUCCUGAGCUUCGUUCACUGGUACCCCACCACCUCCUCUCCUCCACCCACCAACAGGAGAGGAGUGCAGCUCUGACUGACACAGACCACAUGAAGCUGGCAAAACCUCAUCUACCACAGGAGGUGGUGUACGGUCCUUAUAUGGAGAACGGGAAUAUGUCAGGGGAGAUGGGCAGAAGUGUGGUGGGGAGACCAUAUCUACCCCCCUCAGACAAUCACUGCAGUACACUUAGUUCUGCUAAUAGAGCUAAUAGUGGGUCCUACAGGUCUAGUGAAGGCCAGUUUAUCUCCAGUGUAACUCUGUGGGGCCUGGCAAUGAAAACUUUGCAGAAUGAUAAUGAUAUGGAGCAGUAAAAGGUUUCAACUUCAGCAAGUUUAGAGGAUCUGCACCUUUAUGCUGAUCUGGAUUUUUGUUACCCUACUUUGAAGGUAAAGAUUGAUUUAAUUUGAUUUUUUUAUUUUGGGAGUGGGACUGUAUAAGGUUCUUGUCAAUACAUAGUGUGUUACCUACAGGGAAUGCCAGUCCGCUCAACCCCUGUGGUGAGAACUGGCAAAAGUUGCAUAAAAUCUAUGAAAAGGACAAAAGUGACAUUAUAGUACUUCCUAGUCCUCCACAGGUUAAAGAAUUCAGAAGUCCACUCUGAUUCACGAUGGAUGAAAACUACUGUUGCACAACCCUGAAAAAGGAUGAUACUUAUUUGGUCACAUCCCAAUCAGUGAUGUCACCCUGGGUGACAGCUUACAAAGAUCACAUGCCACCACGUAUUAGACUUUGGCAUAGUGACGGGCGGAUUAUCAAGCUGUGAGGCUUACUUUCUAGUUGUGCCAAAAUAUUUUUGAAGGGUUUAAAGCUUCAAGCAAAGAUAACACAGUGUCAGCCAGUGGCUUUAAAAACAAACAUUAGCAGUCCUCUCUGACUAGGGUCAAAGCACAACUACACUUUAAUGGUGUUAACAGUUGUUAUCACACAGCAAAAAAAGGCCAAAGAAGCCUUUGUAUAUUAUCACUUAAUUUGUUUAUUAAGUGCUGUACAUGAUUAGGAAGUGCUGCAUUAAAUAUAGAUCUUAUUGUGUAAUAUCUUCAAGUGAAAAAGUGAUAUUUAUUUACCCAGCUUUCUUAAAGAUCAUCGAGCUGUGUUGAAUACUUCUGAUUGGCCAUAACCAUGAAUCAACCCUAAUUGAUUCUGAGUUGCAAGAGCAACACAGCAGACAACCAGAUCAUACACACCAUAUUAAAUAAUUUCCUUAAGAGGAAUGCAGCACAUUUAUGAAGUCUUAAGUUCAAUCUCUUCAUCUGGACACUGUUGCAAAACAUUAGUUUUCACCCAGAACUUGGAUGAUAUUUUGAAUAUGACCCUCAAUUUAAGGAGCACACAGCUUUAGAUUAGUGGUUUAGGGCCAACCCUGAAUCAAGUAGAGGAUGUUAAAAAAACAGAAGGAGCAGAGUGAAAAAAAAACUUAGAUUUCAUUAAACUAUCAUAAAGCAAACACAACACAGUGCACAGUGUGAUGGGACUGGUAGUGUGAAUGCAGACAAAAAAAGUUUUGUGGUUAUUGUCUCCAUCUAUUUAGAAUGCAAAUGGAAAAAGACAAGUGUUUUAACUUGACUCCGCAUUCUAAAGUUUAACCCGAUUUAUGAAAGUAAAGUGGUAUAAUAGUAAAGCAGGAUAAUAUUAAGACUUUAUCCUAAAAUAAAAUGUUUAGUUUGAUGUUAAAUUGACUCACAAGCAGGUUGAUGCAAAUACUGUUGCCAUGGCAGCCAUGGAAUCAGGGGCUCUAAUAUUUGUAACUGCACAAAUCAUUUUUAUAUCAAUAAAAUCUUCCUAAGAUCAAAAGUAAGAAUCAGUGUCUUCAUAUCUGUAAAGUAUACCUGUGCAGUAAAAUGAGACAAGAUUCUGACUCAAAGCUAAGGGGUCUUGUCCACACUGAAAAUAUUAAAUCCCAGAAUUCCUUAUACAAGCAGCAACAUUAAAUCCUAUACUAUACAAACUAUACAAAAAAUGUUAAGACUUUGUUAAGUUUUUACCUUCAAUUUUUUACUAAAACUUCCUACCAUUUUUUUUGUGUACAGGAGAAAACCAGUUCAUGCCAAACAUGAUGUUUAUAAAGACUUAACAUCUUUCAUCAAUGUACUGUUAAGCCUGUUAACAGCCUGAGUUUGGAGGUCGGGAGAAUCUUGGGAUGGGCAGGGGGAGGCCUGGAUGUCUCUUCUGCCUGACCACAAAUAGACUGUCAUUCGUAUGGUCACCUCACUGUUGUCCUUUGUCAGAGGGCUUUACUUUGAUACUUAGGUUCUUUUUGAGAUCCUCCACCUCUUUCUGCAACAUCUUGAUGGUCUCCUCCAUGACUUUAAAUUUUGAGGACAGCUCAAGGCAACUGCUUUGUGACUCUGAUUCUUCCAAGCCAUUAUCUAUCGAACAUAUGAGAAGUUACUUUUGAUGAAAUCUAGCUGCUGGCCCUUUUUUAAAAGCAAAGACCUUGAAGGUUUUGUUAAGCUCUUCCAAAUUCCAAAUUUACUCUGACUUUAUUCAUCCAAAUCUUUGUUUAUUCUUAUCUUUGGAGGCCUCCUGCUGCAGGACUUUCACCUCCUGCUCCAGGGUUGAUUUCUCAGCAGUCAGACUCAGCACUGUCUUGGCUGACUGUCUCGGCAAACUGCUGCUUAACUUUUUCCAGCUCCCUCUGCAGGCUGCCAGCCCUCAGAAUUUGGUGGUUCAUUUCUUUUCUGAGGUUCUCCACCUCCUUUAACACCUAAAUGGUCUCUUUCUGGGCUUCCAAUUUGGAGCAUCGCUCAAGACAACCACCCUUUAUUUCCUGCAGCUGCCUCACCAAGGCCACUAUUCUUGAAGUGUUUUUACCUCCAUAUUGAAGACACCUUAAAUCCCCAGCACCAGGGCUUCUGUUUUGUGUUUUUUGUUAUUGUUUUUGGAAAAAUUGAUGCACAGCUCCUUGAGCUCUUGCUGAGUGUGUCUGAUAAUGUCACAUCUUAGAUAGGAUUUGUAAACUAUUGAGUGUAUGUGGCUUCUCAGGUUGGUGAGUAAAGGAUAAUGUACAUUUAGCUGUGGUAAUGUAAAGUACAGUCCUAACAGGGUGAGACCAGACGCCCAAUGUGAAGCAUUAAGAUAAACAAAUGUAAACAAAUAGUAGCCAUAGCAACAUUUAACGCAACACUGACCUGUAUCUCUAACUGUCUGACAUCAAAUAAUACAAAGAUAGACAUGAAAUCAUUCACAAAAUUCAAAUAAAAUUGUUCUAUUGAGUGUAAUCAUAAGAGAAAAUUGGUAUUACAGAACUGAUACAAGUCCAAUAUGAACAUUGUAAGUGGUUCAAGGGGGAUUUUAACAUACAAUAUGAACAACAGACUCUUUUUUCCAAAGUGGUGUUGCCAUUAAAUCGAUGCCUUGUGGUAUGUAAAGUGAUACCACUGAAAAGACUACAGAGGGAGCUAGAAACCAAACACUAGAGGCUGCUGUCUAUAGACCAUCAAAAAAGAAAAGCUCUGCAAACCAAAAUGCUGCUGUUGUGUCAGAUGGAUUAGACUUGCAUCCAAAUAGAGGAAGAAAGCAUUCAUUUAACUUCUUCUGAUCACAUACAGUUUCCAAUGACAAUAUUAAGAGCAACUGAUGAUGGUCACAUUUUUACCUCCACCAAGGAGGUUAUGUUUUCGGUAGCGUUGGUUUGUUUGUUUGUCUGUUAGCAACUUUACAGAGAAAGUAACAGACGGAUUGACCUGAAAUUUUAACCAGAGGUGCGUCUCAGCUCCAGGAGGAUUAAAUUUUGGUGGUGAUCCGGACAAAAUUCUGGAUACUGUCAUCCAGAACACACAAAAAUAAGGCUGUCGUUGGAAUUUUCAAUGCUGAAAGAUAACCAAUGGGCGGCACAGUGGUGUAGAUAGGUGGAACAGUGGUAUAGUGGUUAGCACUGUCGCCUCACAACCAGAAGGUCCUGGGUUUGAAUCCCGGUUAGGGCAUUUCUUGUUUAAGGGGGGACAUGAGCUGCUUGGCAGAGGUCUGCGCUCUCUGAGUGUUUUUCUAGUGUUACAUUUCUGUUAGCUCUCAGCAAGCAGCUGACAGAAUAUAUAGUAUAUUCUUGUUCUGGGUUGUGUUUUGGACUGAGUAUGUUGGUAAAAUAUCUGAACAAAUAAGAGUCACACUCACCACACAUGACAUACAAAUCGCUUACAAGUAAACAUUGUACGACCUCAUUUCUCUAUGUGUUGUUUCAAAAGGCCAAAGAGCGUGUAGCAUUCGUUGUGGAAUAGCCUGCCGAUAAUUGGCUGUCGUCGCAACAUACAUGCCCUGUUACUCCAUGCCUGAUGGAUUAGUUGCCUAGCAACACAUUGGGUAAAUCUGUUAUCACCAUGUUCAUUCUCCUUCAUUGUCCUUCACAUUAGUUCUCUAACCAUUGAUGGACUCAAGACAAGGGUGAAAAAGUGUAUUGUGUUUUUUUCCCCUUUCCUAGUAACACUGUGAACGAUGCAUACUGCUACAGGAAAUGCUUGAAACCCUGGUGAGCGAGGGUAUGUUCUCACUUUGCGGCAGAUACUGAAGUGUGAGUGAAGUAAAACCUUCUGUCUUCACAACUUUAGCUCAGAAAGAGACAUCAUGCUGAUAGAAGAGUUUCAAUGAAAUGUCCUUAUAACCAACGUUCAAUAACAGCCUUGUUUUUGAACUUAGAAGUCUGUAUCAUAAAACACUUCAAUUCAUACAAAUCCACAAUGACAGGUGAUGUGAAGGGAAUGCCAAAAUACCAUGGACGUGGUUAAGGGGUAUUGUAUUUGAUAUCUUGUGAUACCCUCCCUGUAUGAAAAAGCUAUUUGACUGAGCUAUCAUCACUGGGGUCCUCCAGUGGGGCCAGUGUUUUAGUUUUGAUGGGAAUAAACUCUUGUACAUCUGCACAAUAGCAGCUCUAAAGCUUACUGCUUAUCAUGUGAGGUUAAAUAACUCAGUUAUUUAUAACUCAGGGUUUUCUGCAUAGAUUACACAAUAUUUGGGUAUUCAGUUUUGACAGGAUUUCUAUAGGAACACCUCCAGACUAGAGCUAAUCUUUGAUUUCUGAAACAACCAAAGGAGAUCUAGUUAAUAUGAAGAUGAAAUGACUUCUUGUACAUUCAUUAUGACACAAUUAGUCCUGCAGUGUUGCUAUUCUGUUACCAGGAUGAUUUACUGUGAUGGGGAACUCUGUUUUCCCAUGACCCUCUCUUCCAGCACUCUCUCUCUUUCUCUCCCCCUCACUGCAGCUCCCCAUCAUGCUAAAGUUAAUCCUGAUUAUGUACGCUGUCUAACUGGUGCAGAAUGAGACCACAGCUAAUGCCAUUUUACCCAGAAACAUUUCCAAAGCCCGUCUUUUGUGUUGACAUCUAAUCACGUUUCAUUGCUUUGUGUUGGUACAGGCAUAUGAGGAUAGGUUUAAUUAACGAGUGAGUGUGAAAUGUAUGAAUCCAUCCGAAAUCAGUCGACUCUGACAUAUUUCAGUGGAGAAUGAGCCAAGCACAGUCAGACACAGCUAAAUAUCUUGUGAAAAAUGUGAGAAUUUUGUUGCUUUUGCCUGAAUUGGCUCUUUUUUUUAAAUUUUUUUACACGUAUUAUUCUGUCCUGUUGUCUUUCAAAGUCUGUUCAUAUUUGAUCCUUCAACAUCCUUCUAACGAUUCAUGCUUCUAAUGCAAACAACAGAGAAACUUUUCAUCAGUGUUUCAAAAACAUGGCUGUUUUUGAACACUUCACCCCCACUACACAGCACAGCAAUCAUUAUUAUUAUUAAAAUGCAUUAGCAACAAAGAUGUGGACGUGUUCUGGCAGCCGUUUUAGCAGAGCGGUAAUUGCUGUGGAGUUGCAGUGUGUUGCAUUGUUGGAUGAAAUGGGUAAGUGGUUGACCUAGUCUCCAUGCUAUAAUUCCUCUGUGUGUUGCAGUGUGAAAGAGGCUUAAGCUGAGGAGAAGAAUGGCAAUUGUUCCUUCUGCCCCUCUUCUUGCAAUCUGUCUUCCUGAGCCUCCUGCCAUUAUCCACCUUCUCCACAGGUAGCUCUGCAAUCUUCCUCUUUUCCCACGCACCUAUUUUUUUGCCCUAUCUUUGCCCAGAUCCCUUAUAAACCCUUACCCUAAGUAUACUGGAACACUAAGGCAUGUUAUCAAGUAAAGUGUUCAACAGACUACGGCUGAUCCACUCGGUUUUGUUUGUAUGUGAUUUGCAGGUCAAUGGAAAAUUAAUCAUCAGUGUGUGCAAUAACAAGUUGUACCCCUUAUACCACAGGGCAUUUUUCCACUCUUUUCCCACUUGAAUGAGCUUGGGCCCCAAUGAGUCCCUAGCAUUUCCAGUUCAUGUCUAUUAUCGUUCCUUAUUUUCCAUUUACAGGUUAACUAGGUUCAUCAGCAUCAUGCUGUUUUAAGGUUUUGUGAUGGUACUUGCAAGUAAAUGCCUGUGUUUCCCACCAAAGAGCAUUCCAAUAGGCGAGCACUGUCAAACCAUCUUCUUUUCUUUCCGCUUAUAAAAUGCUGCUCUGAGGUUCUUACUGUCUUCCAUCUUUCUUUGCAUACACUUAAGUGCUAUUAGCAUAUAUACACCACCUGUCUCACAUCAGUUACAUAAACACACAUGCCAAAGCAUCCAUACUGACCUUCGGCUACUGCACCCCAGUGGAUUCCUCCCUGGCUCUGCUUUCCAGGUCCUUGAAAUGUAUAUAACACCUAUCAGUACGUGUGACAGGUUAUUCUCUGUUGUUGGUUUUCUUCUGCUCAUCUGGGUCUGGGUCACGGGGGCAGUACCAACCACCCCAGCCACUUCCAGCAGCUUCUCUGGGGGGAUUCCCAGGUGCUCCCAGGCCAGGCGAAAGAUAUAACCCCUCUACAUGGUCCUGGGCCGGCCACAAGGUCUCCUCUUGGUGGGACAUAUAUGGAACACCUCUAACGGGAAGCGUCCAGAAGGCAUACUAACCAGAUGCCCAAGCCACUUCGGCUAACUCCUCUCGACGUGGAGGAGCAGUGGCUCUACUCUGAGUGCCUCCCAAGUGUCCGAGCUCCUUAUCCUAUCUCUAAGGCUGAGCCCGGCCACCCUGCGGAGGAAACCCAUUUCGGCCAAUCUCGUUCUUUCGGUCAUUACACCAAGUUCAUGACCAUAGGUGAGGGUUGGCAUGUAGGCUCUCCUCACACGAGGACGGCCUUGUAUCGUCUUGGCGUCGGCACCAAAACAUGUAUCGCUGUUUACACAUUGUAUUGUACAUAGGCUUAGUGCAUUUACAUGACAAUGCAAAAUCCACGCAAAAUCCUGUAGUACAUACGCCCGGCCUAAAGGUGACACUGUGAAAUUGCCACAAAGCACCAAAAAUAGAGAAUGCGCAUACAUACAUACAUACAUGCUGUGUGUGGCAACGUGGGUUGGGGGGCGGGGAGGAGGAGGGGUGCUUUGAGGUCACCGUCUUUUCCGGACUUAUCUAUUUACACCAACUGCGGCAUGAAGACGAAUACCCAGAUAUCCACCUGCAGACCCUUUUUCAAAAAAGAUGCGGAGUCAUGGACAAAUACACGUCUCUGUGUGUCAAUAUCACCAGAUCGAUAGUUUAUUUACCGGUGUCUUACAAAUUUGUACUCGUGUAAAGACCACCGUAGACUGACCGGUAGACUGAGGCAGGACCUCCCCUCCAACCCGGAGAAAGAAAUCUACCUUUUUCCGACUGAGGACCAUGGCCUUGGACUUGGAGGUGCUGAUUCACAUCCCAGCCACUUCACACUUGGCCGGGAACCACCCCAGCAAGAGCUGAAAGUCACUGCUCGACAAAACUAGAAGAACCACAUCAUCCGCAAACAGCAGCGACGAGGUUCCCUUGCCUGCCAAACCGGACACCCUCCAACCCCCGGCUGUGCCUAGAAAUUCUGUCCAUAAAGGUUUUGAACCGAACCAGUGACAAAGGGCAGCCCUGGCGGAGUCCAACUCUCACUGGAAAUGAGUCUGGCUUACAACCGGCUAACCCCCCACAGGAUUCCCCAAGGGACACGGUCAUAGGCCUUCUCCAAGUCCACAAAACACAUGUAGACUGCUCAGGCAAACUCCCAUCUCCCCUCAAGAACCCGAGCGAGGGUAAAGAGUUGAUCUGUAGUUCCGCAACUGGGACAAAAAACGCAUUGUUCCUCCUCAAUCAGAGGUUCAACUAUCGAUCGAUCCGAGUCAUUCUCUGUUACUUCCCUCAAUCAAUGAAAUGAGGCUGUUUCAUCACUUACAUAUGCACCAAAAUAAAAUGUGAGAAUGAACCAGUUUUAUAGUGGAAACCAGGCUAGCUACCCAUAUUAGUGUUACUAGUUGCAAUGUUAAAUUGUAAAUACGACACUGCAAAUUUCUCUUCAAUAAUUUCAGGAUGAGUUUUUUUCCUAUUUUACUGAAGGUGACGUUUGGAGUGCAAUAAUUAAGAGAAAUUGCAAAGGUUUGGUAAAACCUAAACUAUCAUCAGUUUGAGUUGCACAUUGCAGGGUUGUCGUGGAAGUUUUUCUCUUCCGUUGCUGCUGGUGAAUAAUGAAAUAGAGACUUCUGCCGGCCGACAAGGUUUUAUUUUCUUUGCAAAGAAAAGGUCGAUCUGGAUCCGAGCGGGUAGAUCAGAAAAGACCCCGAAUCUAGGGGAAUACAGAAUAUUUAUACUUUUAGGACCGCCUCCCAGAGGGCAAGGAAUGGGGCUUAGGUGUUGGCACCUUUUGUUGUCUGUGGGGACUGUUACUUCACCCCCUGGGGCGGUGGUGACACCUGAAGCAUCCUGCAGGAUGUUGUCUGUUGAUGUCUAGACAUGCUGAUUAACUGAUAUGUUGAUUGGAAAGUCUGUUGUGAGGGGCACUUCAAGCAAUUCUUAACAAAGACAUUAAAAUUACAAUUACAAGGGUUUAAAAUUUUAUUUCAUCACAUAAAAUCUUUUACUCACAUUUUAUUUUACAUCAGUGUCUGUAUAUGAUCUUUAAGAAUGCAUCCCAGUUUAACUGCAACCCGCCAGGAAAGCCAUUAAAUCCAAUCCAACUGUAUUUGUUGAGCACUUUAAAACAUCCACAGAGGACCAAAGUGCUGUACUGGGUAAUAAAUAAAAGUAUCAGAAAUAAAGACACAACAUUUUACAUAAAACAUAAAAUUACAUAUAAAAACAGAUAAAAAAAAGAUAGAAUAACCCCCAGAUAAAUGUGCCUCAGACAAUCAUCUAAGUCUUUUUCAAACUCAUAAUACAUAAGAGACUCUGUUCCUCUUGCUUGGUUCAUCUAUUUCCUGAAAGCCAAUCAGAUCCAACA